AUGUCGACGACCACCGUUGAGCUUGCUUUGCAAGAACAACAAGAGUCACAGAGCCCAGUCCACCCAUUUGGUCCGAGUGCUGACGAUGCAAUCGUCCAAGAAAAGCAAAAAUGGAAUGACCCUCCCAUCAACAAAUGGCGCCUUUUAGCCACCUUCGCCAGUUUCGCGGUUGUAGGAGCGAGCGAUGGUGUCUACGGAUUUCGCGAAGACUAUAAGCUGUCUACCACCGUGGUCUCGUUGAUUUUCGUGACCCCGUUUGCCGGAUACACGAUGGCCACCCUCAUUGUCAACAAGAUUCAUAUGACAUUUGGGCAGCGAGGGAUUGCGACCAUCGGUCCCCUAUGCCAUAUCAUUCCGUUCGUGGUAAUGGCUAUCCACCCGCCAUGGCCGGUAAUGUUGGCAGUCUAUGUGAUUGUCGGCUUGGGAAAUGGCCUCAUCGACGCUGCAUGGAAUUCUUGGAUUGCCGACAUGGCCAAUGCAAACACGAUGAUGGGUUUCCUCCAGGCAUUCUAUGGCCUCGGGGCGACGCUGAGCCCAACAAUCGCGACGCAGAUGAUCAAGUCCGGCCUACGCUGGAACUAUUUCUACUACACUCUGCUUGGUGGCUCUGUCCUCGAACUGCUAACCAGCGUGGCUAUGUUCUGGAAAGAAAAUGCGGAUAGCUUCGGAGCCAAAAACCGCAAGAGUCCCGAGAGCAGUGGUGGAAGCAGAACUACAGAAGCGAUGAAAAGCCCCAUUACCUGGCUGAUAGCCAUCUGGCUGUUUGUGUACAUGGGUGUUGAAGUGUCCGUGGGUGGCUGGGUCGUGGAUUUCAUGGUCCAGGUCCGCAAUGGAGAGCCAUUCGAAUCUGGUCUGGUUCCCACCGGCUUCUGGGCUGGUGUCACCAUCGGGCGUCUGGUACUCGGCUUCGUGAACGACUGGUUGGGAGAGCGGAUUGCUAUCACUAUCUACCUUGCUAUUUCGAUUGCCCUGGAGCUUGUGUUUUGGCUGGUCCCAAGGUUUGUGGUCUCUGCAGUUGCUGUCUCGCUGCUUGGCUUCUUUACUGGCCCCCUCUUUCCCGCAGCAAUUGUAGUGGCGGCCAAGCUGCUCCCGAAGCAUCUACAUACUCCGGGCAUUGGGCUCGCGUCGGCGUUGGCUGGCGGUGGUGGUGCGAUACUGCCCUUUGUUGCUGGUGCUAUAUCUGGGGCGCGCAGAGUGCAAAGUCUGCAGCCUUUUAUUCUCGCAUUGUUGGUCCUCUUGAUCAUUAUCUGGGUGUUACUUCCCCGGAAUAAAGAUCACUCUCACAGCAUUUGA